CUAUCAAAAGUACAGUCGUGAUGAACGUUCCGCACCCAUACUAACAGAAAAGCUACCGUACUUAAAUUUUCAUAUUCAAUGCUGUUCGGCAGUCGUCGACGGUGUUGUACUGCAUUUUGUUACUCGCGCCGUGUUGCUCGUGUUACGUAUGGUUGGUUGGCGUGCGAGCUCCACAGUGUGUUUUGUUUCCGACAUUUUGAGCGAAAAGUACGAAUGAGAAGUCGCUGUCGCUGGUGCGUGCAACAUAACCGCCGAGCCAGCGAGUGGUACAGGUUAUCGUUUCGCGGUAGCAUGACUGUUUAUUGCUACCAUUAAACUCAACAUUUUGCUGCGCGACAUGAAUUGUUGCGUUCGUGCGUCGCGGAAGCAGCGGCUGUGCACGUAGCGUCGGAAAUUCACUCCCGUGAGCAAAUCGCUUAAGUCGCAAAGAUGUCUGUACAUUAUAAGUUUAAGUCUACUUUGGAUUAUGAUACCGUGUCAUUCGAUGGACUUCAUAUAUCCGUGGCAGAUUUGAAGAAGGCUAUCUUCCAUCAGAAACGUAUUGGCAAAAAUACGGAUUUUGAUCUGCAAAUAACGAAUGCGCAAACAAAAGAAGAUUACACCGAUGAUAAUGCAUUAAUUGCCAAGAACACCAGCCUUAUUGUUGCUAGAGUUCCGCUGACAGUACAACAGAAACGUUCCUGGGACAGAAAUGAAACUCCUUCGUUUAGUAGUUUAAAGGACGAAGCUAAUCUAGGCAGAGCUGUAGAUCUCACCAGAUUGGACGGCUCGGAGGAGGAUAAGAUUCGUGCAAUGAUGACUCAAUCGACACAGGACUACGAUCCUUCAAAUUACAUGAAGAUUCGUGGCGCCAAUCAGACUGGCGAUGUGCCUGCAAAUUAUCGCUGCUACAAGUGCCAUCAACCUGGACACUGGAUAAAGAAUUGUCCGCUGGGUACGAAUCAGGAGCCGAUCGAGAUAAAGAAAAGUACGGGUAUCCCCAGAAGUUUCAUGGUGCCGGUGGAGGGACCGUUGGUGCCCGGUGCGAUGAUGACACCGACGGGACACUAUGCCGUUCCCGCUAUCGAUCAUGCUUUCUUUACUCUCAGCCAAGCGUACAAAGAAGGCAAGAAGGAACGGCCGCCAUUUUCGCAAGACCCGGAGCCGGUGGUGGAAAAGCCGGAGAUACCGGAGGACUUGUUAUGCAAUAUCUGCAAGGACCUCCUGACGGACGCGGUGAUGAUUCCGUGCUGCGGGAACUCGUUUUGCGACGAAUGUAUUCGUACGUUCUUGUUGGAAUCCGAGGAGCAUGAGUGUCCGGAUUGCAACGAGAAGGACGUGUCGCCGGAGACGCUUAUCCCGAACCGCUUUCUUCGCAAUGCAGUGAUGAAUUUUAAGAACGAGACCGGAUACGCCAAGAGACAGACUUACCGACCGCCCGCGCAAAGUACCGCGCCCGCGAAGCCGGCCCCGUCCGCGGAUCAAGCGAAGGCCGAGCCGCCGCAGACGCAGCCACAGAGUCAAGCACCCUCGCAGACUAAACCCGCGCAGUCGUCCGCUGCGCCCUCUUCUAACGCACCCUCGUCGCAAGAGCCCACCGCGGAAGCGCAACCCACCGGUCCUGAAUCUACGAAGACUUUCCAACAACACUUUCCAACAACGACCUCGGGUUUGCAGUCACAGCCGUCGACGAUUCUGCCUGACUCCACCUCCGAGUCGAAUUUGCAAAGCGACUCGAUCGCAAAACUAACAACUGACGAGGAAACUGAGGUACCUCCUCCUCCAGGGACAGAGCCCUUGCUUCCAAUUCCCGCCAUUGUAAGCUCGCCGGAGAGGGAACGCGAGCAGAGCGAUCCACCGAGCCGCGAUAAGAAGGAACGGGACAAUGAGUACGCGGGGGAACGCCAGUCGAGGGAACGCAGCCGACGGAGCUUCAGCAGGGACGGGCAUCGCGAGAGAAGCGGCGAGCGUGGUCGUAGAAUCGAGAAUUUGCGGCCGCUGAACCGUAACCGGAACCGGUCCCUGUCACCCAGGCAUUCCCAGCACGACGAAUAUCCAUCCUCGAGCGCAGUGUUGCCACAUUUGAUGAACCCACCCCCUUCCAAGGGCUACCAAGGUCACCUAACGGACGAUGGACAUUACCCACCUGCUAUGCAUUAUGACAGCGGUAUACGUAGAUCCAACGAAGAUCGCGCAGGCACCCCCACGGUCGACGAGCCGCACUUGCACGUCCCCUCGUCUGGCAAUCAGCCGCCACUACUGCCAUUCCCACCGGGCGAGGAGCGCAUCCCGCCGCCGAAUUACAAUCAACCACCGCCCAACGUACCCCCGCACAAUCCCCCGCUUCUGCCAGACCCAUACAUGAGUCAUCGUAUACCGAUAUACCCGCACCAGCAAGGAUCUCAUUACGGUCCGCCGAGGUACGACAGACCGCCCUAUCAGCAACAAGGCUACCGGCCGUCGCAGCCGCCUCGGAACUACAGUGGACCACCGAGACCGAUGAGGGGGUUGCACCACAUGGGGUACAGAAGCCUGCAGCCACCGCCGCCAGGACUAGGUAGAAGCAUUCACAAUGGAAAUCCACCUGGGAUCAUUGACGAUCCGUUGGAAGCGUUUGAGCGAAUGCUCAGAGAGAAAGAUGAGCGGGAUCGGCGACUGGGGAAACAUAGAAGAAGAAGCCGAACUCGAUCUAGAUCUCGUAGCUACAGUCGCUCAAGAUCGCGCUCGUUCAGCCGCAGGUCGCCGUUUACGUCUCGCCUAAGUCGAUCUCGCAGCCCGCCGUCGAAACGGAGAUCAUCGCGAUCACCGUUACCGCUCAGGCCUCGGAGUCGCACUCCGAAGCGUAGAUCAAGAAGCGGCAGCUUCUCCAUCAGCAGAUCUAGAUCGUACUCGCGCAGCCAGUCACCGCCGAGGCUAUCUCCAUCGAGAGACCGAGACAGGGAGAGAGACAGGGAGCGUGAGCGAGAACGCGACAGGGAUCGCGAGAGGGAUAGAGAUCGUGAGCGAGAUCGUGAUCGUGAUCGUGAUUUGAUUCCUAGAUAUCGAUCCCCAGUCAGAUCGCCUCCAAGGUACGCAAAGUAUUAGGAGUAUGAUUUAGUUUUGAGGGUUUUGCAACAGAUAGCUGUAGUGUCAGUUUGUUCCAAUAGCUGUUUCCGAUAACUGUUGUUUCUUACAGUGUUGACAUUAU